AUGGAGGUUUUGGCGAAGUUGGUCUGUUUCCCUCCUUUGGGCCAACUGACCGUCAUUGGAAGGAAACAACGAGAAAUUGAGUUCACUGUCCUCCUGGAAGCAAGCAAGUCUUUGCCAGAAGUUGCAUGGGAAGUGUCUGUCUGGCAUAACUGUCCCACGAAGCCGACUGAAGACUCCAAUACAUGGGAGAAUUUACCACUUGUUCCGUCUGCCAACACACCUUUUACUCUAAUUGGCGCUUCCGCACCCAUAUCCUAUAACUAUAGCUUCUCAGCGCCACUCAAGCUUGACCCUGCCCCUAAUGCUGACAAUCUGGCAUAUUUUACGAUCAAAUUUCGUGCUGGUCCCAACGUGCCAUGGCAGUGGAUGAAAGACCAAUUCGGAAUCUCAGAUGGAUCCCUUCUAUUUUCACAAGGAAGUCAGGAUAAGCUGACGCAUACUUGGGCGUCAUCAAUCUUUGGCGACGAACACCUACAGCAAUGGCAAAUAACAUCACUUCAGAGCCAAGCCCCAGGAGCUACCCUGUUCAAAGUUGAAUCUAAAGACCCCAUACCAAGGAAUAGUGCCGAUGAUGCCAAGUAUGAAAGUAAGAUAUUUGGGUCGUCUAAUACUGGCUUUUGCCGUUAUAUGGCUUUGGUAAGAAUAUGGAGCCCCUGGCUUGCACCUCGGCAUGGGGAGCGCAGGUUCCACAUCACUGAAGAUGCUCUCUUGUGUUCUUUCCUUACUUGUGAAGGGCAACAUGCCGUGCUCUUACCAAUUAACGGAGUCAAUGAUACAGUGACUGUUUUCAGGUCAGACGCAGAUGGUCAUAUCAUAGUUGCGGCUAGAAAUGAUGGCAGAGUGGAAGGUAAAUUCGAGUUCCUUGCCGCUGUGUCAGAUGACUUUGAGGUAGCAAAUGCCGCAGUUAUGUACGAGGCACGGAGAAUUAUUCUUCAGAGCAGAUCAUCAACCGAGCAGGUGUCUCUUGAUGCUGCCCAUGUGAAGACCGAGUCUAUAGAUUCAACCACUAUACUCAUUUCAAAAGAUGAUGCUAGCAACGGCACACAGUCCGAGCCGAAACCACAAUGGCUUGAGGAAUGGUACGAUGGAUUGACCUACUGCACUUGGAACUCCCUUGGACAAGACCUGACCGAGGAAAAGCUUUUCGUUGCACUCGAUGAUUUAGCUGCAAAUGGCAUCCAUGUCUCUGGUUUGAUCAUUGAUGAUAAUUGGCAAUCGCUUGAUGGGAUGCAAGGAAAGACUUCCCAAUUUCAACGCGGCUGGACUGACUUCGAGGCAAACAACAAAGGCUUUCCUCAAGGCCUCAAGCCAACUGUCGCAAAAAUCAAGGAUAAGCAUCCAGCAAUCAGCAAUGUCGCAGUCUGGCACGGCCUGCAUGGCUACUGGGGCGGAAUAUCGCCUUCUGGCACCAUCGCAAAGAGUUACAAAACCAUUGAACUGGAAAAGGAUGCUAGAACAGCGGGAGGCAAAAUGCUUGCUGUGGAUCCAUCAGAUAUCCAUCAAAUGUACGAUGACUUCUAUAAAUUCCUGGCGUCUUGCGGCGUAACUUCAGUCAAAACAGACGUGCAAUUCUACCUGGACUUGAUUACAUCGACAGCAGAUCGAAGGGCUUUUACAACGGCAUAUCAGUCGGCUUGGACCACCGCACAUCUACGUCAUUUUUCUGGAAAGGCCAUCUCUUGUAUGAGCCAGAUUCCGCAAAUCUUGUUUCAAUCCUUCCUGGCUGUCAACACUCCUAGAAUCCUCCUCCGUAACAGCGACGACUUCUUCCCCACCAUUCCGGCGUCGCAUCCUUGGCAUAUCUUCUGCAAUGCCCAUAAUGCUCUUUUUGUGCAGCAUCUCAACGUCCUUCCAGAUUGGGAUAUGUUUCAGACCUCGCAUCCUUAUUCCUCCUUCCACGCUGCAGCAAGAUGCGUGAGUGGCGGUCCAAUCUACAUCACCGAUACACCUGGAGACCAUGACCUUGAUCUCAUUGCGCAGUUCACGGCGCAAAAUGUGCGAGGUCAGACAGUCAUCUUACGACCCAGCGUGGUCGGCAAAACAAUUGAUAUCUAUGAUCCCUACUACGAGGGUCGGAUCCUAAAAGUAGGCACCUACAACGGAGCCGCACAGACCGGGAAUGGCAUUCUCGGCCUCUUCAACGUCUCAGACCAUGAAAUCAGCGCUCUGAUACCAAUCACCGACUUCCCUGGCGUGCACGCUGCAUCCUCAGAAGAAGAUAUGAGGUUUAAAUCAGGACCUUCUGGACAGUUUCUUAUCCGCUCUCACGUCAAAGGCCAAAUCUCCCAACCCAUCACCCCAACGGCUCCCACCUCUCCUUCGAACCUAACUUUAGUCACCCUCCCCAUCCGUGGUUACGACAUCCUAACCGUGCACCCAAUCUACGAAUUUUCCUUCUCAACCGCAAUCGCAGAACCCCAACCACAUCGACACCCUGCCUCCACCACAGCUCCAACAAAAAGAAACCCAAUACCAACAUCCAUCGCAAUCCUCGGUCUCCUAGGCAAAAUGACCGGCGCAUGCGCCAUCACAUCAACCUAUUUCGAACCAUACAACAGCAGCAGUAGUAAAAACUUGAGGAUGUACAUCUCACUCAAAGCGCUAGGUACAUUAGGCAUCUGGAUGUCAGAUCUGGGAGAGAGGAGUGUAGAAGAAGGAUUUUUGGUCACGAUUUUGGGGAAGGUGGUGCCGAGGGAAAGGGUUGAGAGGAAAAUCCUAGGUGAUGCGGGAUGUCGGACGGAGGAGGACGAUAGCAAGGCGAAGGCAGGGGUGUUGGAGAUUGAUCUGUUAGGGGCUUGGAAGGAUAUGGGGCUAGAGAGUAGAUGGAGUAACGAGGUAAGUGUUGGUGUGUUUAUACAUUCUGGGAUGGGUAAAGAAGGAGAUGGAGAUGACCGAGGAGAAGAGUUAUGA